AAGUAGCUAACAUUGCAAGUUGAUUUUGCUUCCGCUGAAUAAGUAAUGGUAUAUAGUGACAUUGUGGCACACAGCCACACUUGACACUGGACAACUCACACCUACCAACCUGCCAUAGUUAUGGCUGUUGACUAAACAACAAGGGUGACAUGUCUGACCACUAUUUAUUGGUUGUGACUGUUUAACGGUAUGUUACCACCGCUCCCUUAUUUAAGCUUCUUCUGUCCACAGCGAGAGAAUCCUUUAGAUGUUACACCUGGAGCGAGAAGGAGCAGGGAUCCCAUUUCAGGAGUACGGAUCCUCACCUACAGUUCUGAAACCCUUCUCCUCGAUGCCCAGCCUAAAAUAUAGUUACAGCUGAGCAAAGGUCCUUGUGCGUCCUGACGCAGAGAGACAGUACAGCUGUCACAGACAUACUGUUGACAGUGCUAAUAUGAAUGUUUGUCUUUUCAUCUGUAUACACGUUUGAACAAUAAUUCGUACAACCCGUGUUUAUUUUUCUUGCAGUCUAGAUGUUCAGUAAACUGUGAAGUGCAGGUGUGCCAAAGCAGUCAUUGUGCUGAUUCGUGGUUGGUUGCAUUUUCUGCAGGUGCAUUAUUGUAAUAAUAAUAUCACGGGCCAUCCCAAACAAAAUCGGUCACCUAACAGUUGUUGUGGUGUUGUAAUUUAUAUUAAUAACCCUCCAGGACGCGCACUCUUCCCUACUGACAAAUGACACCGGGGACGCUUGUGGUUUGCGAAGAGUCGUUACGCAACGGCGAAUGUAUACGUGCUGACCACGCCCCCCGCUGCUUAAGUAGUGCGCGAGCUGCUGACCGCUCCGCUGCUGACGUCAGUGUUGGGAGGAGGAACGCAAGAAAGGGGGCACGAAACGGACGGAGAGCUGCCGAGUUCGGAAGCGUGAGGAGGGAAGCGAGCGGGACCGAGCGGGGCGCUGCGGUCCGCGGAGCCGCAUCUCCGCUGUUUGCGGCUGUCUGCGGUCGCUGUCCUCCUCCUCCUCCUCCUCGUCGACGUCGGCCGGAGGCUCCGAGAUGCGCCGGGGGUUCCGCCGCUCAGCGUCGUGGUGCACCUCCGACUUCGGACCGACUCCGACAUGGCUGUUAGGUGGAGAGCGGGGAGGAUGCAAAGGCUCAAGCUCAGAGUUCCACGAGUAGGACCGCUGUGGAAGGCAGUCCUUGUGUUCCUUGCUGUUGCAGUUGCUGGACAGCUCCUAGGCAUCUUUUUCAGCAGAAGUAUGCAAGCAGCGAGACCCCAGCCCUCGCUGUCCUUCACCUCUGCCAACUCCCCGGAGCUGUCCCUUGGCUCCUGCCAGCCCCAAACCCACGUCAUGUUCCUCAAGACCCAUAAGACUGCUAGUAGCACGGUGCUGAACAUGCUGUACCGCUUUGGAGAGGAGAGGGGCCUCCGAUUUGCUCUUCCUCUGGGGUACCAGUUUGGCUACCCUCUGCCCUUCAAUGCCCACAGGGUGAAAGGUUACCAGGGGCCCCAUGUCAUGGAAUACAACAUCAUGGGAAACCACAUGCGUUUCAACAAGGUAGAGGUAGAAAAGGUGAUGCCAGCAGACACAUUCUAUUUUUCCAUUUUGCGUGACCCUGUAGCUUUGGCAGAGUCCUCGUACGCCUAUUACAAAGUUGUGGCUCCUGCAUUCAAGCGAGCGAAGGGGUUGGCAGACUUUGCCUCCAACCCACAACGCUACUAUGACCCUCGGCUUCGCAACAACCACUAUGCCCGCAACCUGCUGUGGUUUGACUUUGGCCUGGACCACAACGCCAACUUCUCUGAACGUUUGGUCAAGAAGGGUGAGGCACUUGUGCACAGGGCCUUCAACCUCAUACUACUGUCAGAAUACUUUGAUGAGUCUAUGGUGCUUCUCCGCCAUGCCCUCUGCUGGCCCCUUGAUUCGGUGGUUUCCUUCAGUCUGAAUGCACGGAAGCAGGAUGCCAACAAGAGGAAAUCUGACAAGGGGUCAGGCCUGACAGAGGGGCUGCGACAGAAACUUCGAGAAUGGAAUGCACUUGACUGGCAUCUCUAUGUGGCCUUCAAUGUCACCUUUUGGGAGAAGGUGCGCCGUUUUGGGAAAGCCCGCAUGGCUAUGGAGGUUGCUAAACUGAGAACACGGCGGGAGUUCUUGGCUCGAAUCUGCCUGCGGGAUGGUGGGCGGCCAGUGGAGGCCAGCCGGAUCCGGGAUAAGGCCAUCAGGCCUUUCCAGAGUGGCCCAGUGAAGAUACUUGGGUACGAACUGCAGCCUGGGCUGGAUAACGCAACAUACCAGGCCUGCCUGAGGAUGAUCAGGCCUGAGAUCCAGUACAAAGACCUGCUGGAUGCACACCAGUUCCCUCGUCAGAUAGCCAUAGCAAGGGGCAAUCCCCUCAGAUUGAAUCCUCAAGGGAGGGCUGAGCAUAAACGGACAACAGUGGGACAAGGGGUCACGUAUGGGAUGAGCCUGGAACCCAGCAGAAACACCUCAUUGGAAGAAGGGAAAGGCCCACUGAGAUAGCUCUCACGGAGCUGGGAGUGGCAGAGACUAGACCUAAUAAACUCAGGCCCAGAGAUGUUACACAGGUACUGCUAAGGAUAGUAGGAAGGUCUUAGUUCCACUUCAGCCUCGCUGUUUCUUCUGUUAUGAUGGUUCUGCCCAGAGGGAUGAUCUCAGUGUGUCAGGUGACACUAAGAAGAUGGGUUGGGAUGGAUGUAGAACACACUGCAUGCAAGUCUACCUGCCUCUACAGUGAGGGGAAAUUACAUGGUGUAGGUACAAGCACGAAGAGGGCUGUGGAUUAAAUACAGGUCCUCCGCGAAUUCAGUGAAGUUAUGAAGCAUAGUGUGGUGUUGAGGCAUGCAGAGAUAAUCAACGUUUUGGUGAAACGCAGCUGCAGCGACAACUUGUGUUAGGGUUCUGCACCACAGGAAGAUAUGACUCAUGCACAUUCUUACUGAGUCAGGGGACCUGGGGUGGAACUUUCACACUUCUUAUAGCAGGGGGUACAGACAACAGCACCUCCUCUAGGGUAUGCCACUCCACCAUACUAUGUGGGUGCAAGCUAGACUUUCCACCAGCCAGCUGAAUGCAACUAGUAUAGGGAUGUGUGUAAUGGUUAAAGGCCCCCCCCCCCCCGCCUCGAGUGGGAAGAAAUAGUGUUCAGAUGUACACAAUGAAAUUAAUUCAAGAUGUCUUGGAUGUCCAUAAAAUCCAGCACGUCUAAUUGUCCUCCCACAAACAAGCACUUGCUAUUUGAGCCAAACUUUGCAUAGCCUCCCCUACUGUCGUGCAUGUUUGCUUGAUGCAAAUGCAAACUAACUGAAAUAGUCACAGUUCAAAACGGUAUACUCUAACACUUUAAAUUUUUCUGGUUGUUUUAUCAUUGUUAAAGUGAUAAUUAAUUUGAGAGUCCAGAAUAAUUUUGUUUGCACAGGUAGAAAGGGCUGUUGAUGAACUUCUGUAAGGACAUUAGUGUAAAUGCUAAUCUUCUCAUGGGCCCAGAAUCAGGUUUUUGGCUAUAUUUUGAGGAAGCUGUUCAAGCCUUAUACCCCACUUUAAAGCAAAGAAUGUUCCCUCUAUGGUACAUCUACUAACAUGUACAGGUGGGGUGGUACUCUUAAAAAAUGUGUCCUUUACAGUGGACAAAAGUGAAUGGCUGUCUCAGGAGGAUGUGGUUAUUGUGACUCACUUUUGUUAGGUGCCUAUUCUUGGCAGGGUCACAGAAGGGGGGAGCCUAUAACAAUCACUGAGCACAAGGGUAGGAAGGUUGCACCCUGGACAGGGUGCUACUCUGACGUAGGGUAGCAACACACUAUUUAACGUUGCCAAUUCACUCGACAUAUGGCUUUGUGCUAGGGGAGGAAACAGAACGGCCCAGACGAAACCCUGCACAGGUGCAAGGAGAACGUGCAAAACCACACACGCUGUUCAGAUUUAAGCCUGAACAGCCCAAGGGCUGUGGGGUGGCAGCGCUAUCAGGUGCACCACUGUGGGAGCCUGUGGCUGUUAUGUUUGUACAAUUCUACAGGAGUGAAAUUCUUAAUAUGUUAAUUUUCAAAUACCAAUCAAAUGGCCUAUAUGUGUAUAGUUGACAUAAGGCAGGCAAUUGUCCAUGGAUAGCAAUCUAGCUCACUUUGGCUUUAGCUAAAGUAACAUAAUCAUUGGCAGGGAUGCAGCCAUCAACCACUAGAGGUGUAGAUGUUCAAACACUACAUUUUAAGCACUGUGUUUAUUAUUAAAGUUCAUAUCUUUUUUUUUUUCAGUAAUAAAGACUGGGAUUUUUAAUCCGCAGCUAGGUAUGAACUUUAGAAUCACUCAAAACAGCUUUCGUUGUUUUACUUGUUGUCAGUCAGAUAAAAAUUAAGAGCGUCCCAGAUCUGUUAAAAUCGUGUCUUUCAGAAUUUGCAGUAUUUCAGUGCUGCUUUCACUUUCAUUUUAAAGGCACAGAGACACUUGAAGGCUGAAUGUAUAGUAGUUUGCGUACCUGGAGUCAGUACAGCCUCACUUCAUGUGGAAUCCUGGGAACUCGUGUGAUACAAUUAGAAAUAUACAGAACGAUAGUUACUUUGCCUUAGUUAAAGACUGAACAGGGCUUUAAAAUGUCAUUUUGCUGUACUUCAGAUUUCUGAAAUCUUGUAUGUCCUUAGUGUAUUUCUUCCCUCUCAAAAGGGACUGUCCUGUAAACGUCCAAGUGUGCUAUGCAGAUCCGAUUUAAACGUGUGAAAGUAUGAACUUAGACGUUAAAAUAGUAGAAUAAACAAACAUUCAAUAUUAUGCAUUUCUGUGGCUGCAGAACUUUAGAAACACAUCUACACAAUAUUGCAGAAGUAUUUAUGCACAAGUGUUGCAGCUAUUUCCCUAUGUGAUGCUCAGCUGGAAUGAUUUUGCUCUGCUAAUCACUACAUGGAGAAAUAUGUUGUGCCCACUUCACUUCCUCCUUGAAAUAAAAGCACUGCUUAUGUGUUUUUGAUGGUGUUGACACUAACUUUAGAAUGUGGUACUGGACAUUGCAUGAGAGGACAGUAGAUUACCAUUAUAUAAUGAGCAAAAUGAGAACAGUCAUACUGUUUUGCAGUAAUGGUGGGGAAAGCAGAGAAAAGGUAGUACAAAUGGGAAAUAUCAUAUUUAGAAUAAUUUUAAGGCGUAACAUGAUGUGUUGGUCCUGUGGAGAAGUUUCGUUCAAGAACGGAGUAUAACUAUUGUGGUGAAAAUUAAACAAUAAUGCCGUUUAGUCUUAAUGCAUAACUGAUGAUUGAUGGCUGAGUACGUUUUGUAUUUAUCCUUUUGAGACCCAAUAAGAAAUGCUAGUUUUCCAACUCCAAAUUUAAGCAUAAAAUAAGCAUAAAAUAUCCCCCAUAAGGUGAAAUAAGAAUCAGCAUUGCAGCCUUCAUAGUUUGGGAGAUAAUAUUAGAAACAUGUCCUCUAGAAUGGACAAAAAUGAAUGGCUGGAUCUAGUGAGUCUAUUGAUGGUUAUAGGUUGGUGCAUGGAUAAGGAGUAAUUGAAUGAAUAUUGCUUUGUAGAACAAAGUGACCUCACUGUCUGCUAAUGCAUUUCAGAGGUAAACAGCUUUUCUAUCCAAAAUACAAGACACGUAAUACAUUGACUGGUACCGAGCGUGGAUGCUGAAGACAUUGAAGAAUUGUACCAAACCUUUUCGGCACGCAUUGUUUUUCUAUUUGGAUAUUCUAGUAAGAUUUAUAUUCUGUUUUUACACGCGCAGUAGUCCUCAGCUGUUGUCAUUGUAGGAUAUUUGUAUCCGGAAACUCACACUUUAAUCGUGCAUUUAUCAUUUUAGUUGUUUUGAGAAUGAAAUGAAACGUAUUUAAUAAUUUUUCUUUAAGUGUGACUGGUGAAAUUAAAUUGUAUAAAAAAUGAAACCAAGAGCUUGUGGAAGUUUUUACUUUUCUUGUUACUUGAAAAUGAUGUAUGCUUGAUAUAACACCAAUAUAGUGUGGUACCUCUGUGUCCUGGUGUUGCUCUGUUUAUGUGUACUCGGAUAAAAUAAAUAAA